AUGGACGACACCGUCUACGUUCAUCAUCCAAGGUCAGACCAGAUGCGCCAUAGUCUUUCCCGAGAUUCGAGUAUGCCCGAAGAUCGGCGAUCUAUUCCAUCGCCUUCUAGUUCUGCGUACACUCACGAUAUUCCUACCUCCUACGCUUCGGUCCCUUCGUUUAGUAAUUACCCCGUGCCGUAUGAUUCUUCGCUUCCAACACCGGUAUCUGUUGCUGGAUCUCCUUCGAUGAAUGAACGGACUUCGAAAAUGAUGCAUUCAUACCAGCACCGGGCAAGCUCCCAGCAGCCCACUCCACCAAAUACAUCGCGGCCGUGGUCCAAUUAUCAGAUGAGUGCCACUGCAACUGACCUUCUAGAGAUGUCUGGCUUAGAGGCAUCUCACUCUCCUGAUCAUAACCAACUGGUUCCGGAACCUCAAUUCCACCAGUGGGGCCAUUAUACGGUUUCUAGCACCGAAGCACCAGAAGAGCUACCUCCACAUAUGACACACCCGUCAAUGUUUUCAGUAGCGCCCACGGAGCUAGUUAGGCCUUCACUUUCUAUGCACCCUUCGACUUCAAUGCCUCUUCCUGCGCCGUCGUCGCAUAUUCCCAUUCUUCAUUCUCCGGAUCCACGGGAUCUAGCUCCCUCGGUAACGCCGAUCGAUAACAUGCAUCACCAAUACCCUAAUAUGAUGCACCACCAGCCGCCACAAGUUAUUUUAAAUUAUGAACCCUAUGGUAUUAGACGGAAAGUCUCUAAGGCUAGGAAUGGACGAUCAGGAAGACCCCCAAAGAGACAGCGAGGCGGAAGCCGGGCUCUUUCGAAGAAUGGUGGCGCAGACUACAUGGAUCCCCAGCUCGCAUCUGGCGAUGGAGUUCCGAGUUCCAAAGUGCCAGGUCGCCAUAUCACUUUGAGGCCCGACGCACCAGAGAAAGACCGAUAUAUACUAGAGCUCAGAUGCCAAAUGGAUAACGAUAAAGGGAAGGGGAUUUGGGAAGAAAUCACAAAAAAAUACGAAGAGCGUUUCGGGAAAAGAAGGCAAGAGUCGCUCCAGAUGAACCUUACUCGAGCUGUGUUAAAAUACGCGGAAUGGCCCGAGGAAGAAGAUGAUGCGCUAAGACGUGCUGUCGAAGAAUUAGAUCGCCGCCGCUACUCUGAUAUAGCUAAACUGAUGAAAGAAAAAUAUGGGGGCUGCCAAGCCUGGGAAUGGAAAGACGGCCAUAUCCUGAAGCGGUUGAUGGAGUUAGGCAUCGAGGAAUUCGAUCCCGAAGACGUCACAAAGAAACCUCGCCGAAAAACCAAGAAGACUAUGAAUAAGCGGUCGAGUAGUAAACAAUCUUGGGUCGCUCCGAAUAUGCCUCUAUACAGCGAAGACGGUCGGAUAAUAUCCUCUGACCAGGAGAACUACAUAUUAGAAAAUUAUUGUAAGCCGGACCCCGAUUCUCCAGAUCCAAACGCCAUGCAAGGUGUCAUGGAACACCCGAACCCUUUACCCUCAAGGGGAAGCAUCGAUAGAGAUCCCGGAGAGAGUCGAAGCGAACGAGUAGCCAAGCAAGCAUGCGAGCAGCUACUCUCCAAGGGAGGCAAUCAUGUAUACGGCGCUCUUCCUGUGGUCGACAGCCACUCAUAA